GUUCUCUGUCUGAGUGUUAUGCGGUCUCUGCUGAGGUCUGCUGCCUGGAGGUAGCUCAACACAAGCGGCUGCUGCUCUGCGGGCUGACCACCGGCACGGUGCUCAUCUACCCUCUGUCCCUGCCCCAGGAGACGCUCUGCAUUCCCCCCCCAGAGAACCUCUCCAGGGUGCUCUGCAUAGCCGUCAGCUCCCAGGAGAAGCAUAUGGCGGUGGCCUACGAGGAUUCUGUGUGUUUGUUCGAGAUCACCAACAGAGACAGUUUCCCCACGGUGGAGGGGCCCCUGAAGAGGGUCCCCCUGUCUCUGCUCCACGCCCCGCUGUCCUCCAUGGCCCUGCUGCCCGACCGCAGGCUGCUGUACGGGACCAGCUGCGGGGAGGUAAAGCUCCACGACUUCAGCAGCGGCAGCAGCUCAGACCUGGAGCCCCACCGCAGCAGGGUGACAUGUGUGACGGCCGGGCACUGGGGGACCCACGCCUUGGUGGGCUCCGAGGACGCUGUCCAGAGGCUUUGGGCCCUGAGCCCACUGGUGCUGGACCACACCAUGGAGUACAAGGGAUUUUUCUUCGAGGGCGUCCUCUCUGCUGCUUUCUCCGACAGCGACCAGUUCGUCUUCACAGGAUGUCAGGACAGAACAGUGAAAGUGUGGGACGUCGCUUCAGGUACACACUGAUCCAACACAU